AUGUCGAAACGAUCUGCCGAUAUCGAGAUGGGCGACGCCCCCCUCAAGGGAGGCGAUCGUCCCGAGGGUAUGGAGAUUGACGAGAAGGACCCCGGAAUGGGCGAGUUUGAGGACGAGUUCGAGGACGAGUUCGAGGAGGACGAGAUCAUGGAAGCCGGCGUUGACGGACGGCCCGAUGCAGAGAGAGAAGCCGAGGAGAAGGAAGCCGCGGUUGACCAGGGCACCUUCAUCGUCGGACGAAACAAACUCGAAGCCGGACAGACACUCGCGCCCGACGUAUCGACAUACGAGAUGCUGCACAACAUCAGCACCCCAUGGCCCUGUUUGUCGUUUGAUAUCCUCCGCGACAGCCUCGGGGACAACCGCAAAGUCUACCCCGCCACCAUGUACACCGUGGCCGGCACACAGGCCGAGAACGCCAGGGCCAACGACAACCAGCUGAUGGUUAUGAAGUUCAGCGGCCUGAGUCGAACGGAGAAGAACGAGGAGGAAUCUGACGACGAGGAAGACGACGAUGAGGAUGCCGAGCCCAUUUUGGAGCAUAAGUCCAUCCCCAUGAACUCGGCCACAAACCGAAUCCGCGCCCACCAGAUCCCUUCGCAAGACGCCUCCAGACCCCCGACUACCCUAACCGCGAGCAUGACCGAGUCUUCCAACGUCUUCAUCCACGACAUUACUCCUCAUCUCUACUCCUUCGACAACCCGGGCACCGUCAUUUCUGCCCAACAAAACAAGCCGGUAUCGACCAUCCGCGCCCACAAGUCGGAGGGUUAUGCCCUGGCCUGGUCUCCCCUUGUCCCCAGCGGAAAGCUCCUUACCGGUGACAACGAUGGCCUGAUCUACCUCACAACGCGCACCGAUGGCGGCGGCUUCGUCACCGACAACCGGCCAUUCCAGGGCCACACCAGCAGUGUCGAGGAGAUCCUCUGGAGCCCGUCCGAGCAGUCCGUCUUCUCGUCUGCGUCAAGCGACGGCACGAUCCGCGUCUGGGAUGUCCGCAGCAAGAGCAGAAAGCCUGCGUUGUCCAUGCAGGUCAGCUCGACCGACGUCAACGUCAUGUCGUGGUCGCCUCUCACGACGCACCUGCUCGCCUCGGGCGCCGACGACGGCGAAUUUGCCGUCUGGGACCUGCGUCAGUGGAAGCAGAGCUCGACCUCGCCUUCAGACAAGCCCCCGCCAAUUGCCAGCUUCAACUACCACAAGGAGCAGGUCACGAGCAUCGAGUGGCACCCCACAGACGACAGCAUCAUUGCCGUCGCGGCGGGCGACAGCACCGUAACCCUCUGGGACUUGGCCGUCGAGCUCGACGACGAGGAGAGCAAGGACACUGGAGGCGUCAAGGAUGUGCCGCCUCAGCUGCUGUUUGUGCACUACCUGUCCAACGUCAAGGAGCUGCACUGGCACCCCCAGAUCACUGGCAGCCUGGUAGCCACAGGUGAUGAAUUUAGCAUCUUCCGCACGAUUAGCGUUUAG